UCAUCAACCGCUGCGAGAAGCUGAGAGCAAAAGCACCAUCACUGUGCGCACAACGGGGAACGAGCAGAACUUGGAUCAUUCAGACGAUCAUCCAAUUUACCAUGAAGUCGAUAUGCCUUCUCCUCCUGGCUUCUCUCGUGCUCUGCAACUUGGCGGUGUCUGGAGGACAGGGCAUCCCCGCUGACGAUGACACUGACCGGAGGACCAUCGACGAUAUCCUCCUACAGGGAGCAGGGAGUCUCCUGAUACGCUCCAUCCUCAAAAAGAUGCAUGAGGAAGACGACAGAAACGAGGGAUUUUCCUCUCAGCCAGAAUGGGUGACAAAAAGACAGCAUCCCGGUAAGAGAUACAGCGACGACUUGGAGAAGCGGCAGCAUCCGGGGAGGAGAGAGGAGGACGAUGAAGAUGAGUACAUGGACGUUCAAAAGAGACAGCACCCGGGGAAACGCGACGAUGAAACGCACGAGUACACGGAGUUCCAGAAAAGACAGCACCCAGGGAAGCGCUCCACGAUGGGCUACCUUUCUGACGAGCCCGUGGUACUCCUGGAGAGCGAACUUUCAAAACGCCAGCACCCUGGCAAGCGCUACCUGCUGGUACACAGCAAACGCCAGCACCCAGGCAAACGCCAGGGAGAGAACGAGGAGGGAGACGUGGACUGGGACGCGGACGGAGACGAAGACCUCACGGGGUUGGAGAAGCGGCAACACCCCGGGAAACGGUUUUGGGAUAACGCAAAUCCGGAUUUGGGCACAAACAGUCCGUGCGAUGUUUUGGACCCUACAAGCUGCAGCAAGUCCAAUCUGCUGCUCGACUUUUUAGACAACAUCAACAAGAGCCACGCCGAGGAGAAGAGACAACACCCGGGGAAAAGGUUUGCACCAGAGCAGGAUCUAGUGACAGGAGAGUAG